AUGGCGCUGCCCAGCUCCCAGCCGCCUGCCACCAACGAGUAUGCCGGAGACGAGGUGUCUGCCAUCGUGCUUGACCCCGGCUACGCCACCACCCGCGCCGGCUUUGCGGGCGAGGACGUGCCCAAGUCCGUCGUCCCCACCUUCUAUGGCGCGCGCGACGCCGCCUCGGAUGCAAUCUUCGGCGAGAACGCGAUCCACAACCCUUUGUCAAAUCUCGACAUCAAGAACCCCUGGUCCUCCGAAGGCAUUGUCGAGGACUGGGAAACCGCGACCAAGCUAUGGGAGUACUCCAUCACCUCGCGCCUGACCGGCACCAAGGAGCAGCACCCCGCCAGAAACGGCCUGAACGACACCUCGAACGGCGACAUGGACGUCGAGAUGGAGGCCCAGGCCGAGGCGGAAAAACCGCUGGAGGGCUCGCCUCUUCUCAUGACCGAGCCCGGCUGGGCCACGCCCAAGCAUCGCGAGAAGUGCAUUGAGGUUGCCAUGGAGGAAUGGGGCGCGCCUGCAUUCUAUAUACAGAAGACCGGAGUCCUGGCAGCAUUUGCAUCGGGAAAGCCGUCGGCACUGGUCAUUGAUGUCGGCGCUGCCACAACCUCGAUCACUCCCGUCAUCGAUGGCAUGGUCAUCAAGAAAGGCGUUGUCAAGUCUCCACUGGCUGGCAACUUCGUCUCUAACCAGAUACGGCUGGUAUUCCAGCAGUCCCAACCUCCCAUUCCGCUGACGCCUCACUACAUGGUGGCGUCCAAAACUCCGGUAGAAGCCGGCGCUUCUGCUCAAGCUGUCUAUAAGAAGUUCGAGAAGGAGCCAACUGCAUCUUUCCGCAGGCUAGAAGAGGAGCGCGUGCUUACCGAGUUCAAGGAGUCGGUGGUGCAGGUGUGGACGGGCGGAAAGUUCAACGGCAACGCCGACGACGUGUACAGCAGUAGCCCCGGCAGACCGUUCGAGAUGCCCGACGGGUGGAACCAAGUCUUCCGCGCCGAGCGAUUCAAGGCGGUCGAAGGCUUGUUCGAUGCCAAGGCAGCGCUGACAGAUGCGGAGAACCCGCGGCCGCGCGAGGAGCAGACGAUUCCACAGCUUGUAGUGCAAGCGCUCAGCCACGUUGACGUUGAGAUGCGGCCCGCUCUCCUUGCCAACGUGGUCGUCACGGGCGGCUCGUCUUUGAUUGUUGGCUUCAACGACCGGCUCAACCAGGAGCUUGCUCAGAUUUACCCCGGCCCAAGGAUCAGGCUGCAGGCGCCAGGCAACACUGUCGAGCGCAAGUACGCUAGCUGGAUCGGCGGCAGCAUCCUCGGCAGUCUGGGUAGCUUCCAUCAGCUCUGGGUCAGCAAGAAGGAGUACGACGAACACGGGGCUAGCAUUGUGGAGAAGCGCUGCAAAUAA